GGGUUUUUUUCCACUUAUUCCUCUCUUGGGUGUAUGUGGCCGCCUUGAACGGCGAUCAACCUCCACUCCGGUCUCUAUCUACUUAGUCUGGGGAGGAGACAUCCUUCCAAACCUCAUCUUCGUUGACUCGGGAAGUCUGUGUGUUCAGAGGCUACUUAAUGUUUAAUCUACUCCCCAGGAUGGUUUCUGUGAGGCUACUGCUGCUGUCGGUGGCCCUCUUGCUCUGCGGGUGUCUGGGCACACAAGGUGGCAACGUGCUGGUCUUUCCUGGAGAGUACAGUCACUGGCUCAACAUGCGAGUGAUCCUGGAGGAACUAGUGGAGAGGAACCAUAGCGUUACAGUGUUGGUGUCUACCGCCUCGCCGUCCAUCAACUUCUCCAGGCCAGAGAGUUUCGGCUUCAAGGUUUACGAUGUACCCUUUGAAAAACAAGACUGGCAGGCUCUCAAAGAGGAUUUGAUAAACUGGUGGUUGAACGAGUCUCAGAAAGUGUCCAUGCUGCAGCUGGGGCUGUGGAUCAGAGACUUCCUACAGAAAAUGAAUGUUUUAACGGUCAACAUGUGUAAGUCUAUGUUCAAUAACGAAGAGCUUCUGGAGUCACUGAGACAGUCCAAGUUUGACGCGCUCCUUUCUGAUCCGAUGUUCCCAUGCAGUGACUUAAUCGCGGAUGCUCUUGAUUUGCCCCUGAUUUUCUCCCUGAGGUUCUCGUUUGGCAUGGUAAUAGAGAGGCAAUGUGCACAGGUGCCAACUCCUUCCUCUUACGUCCCUUCUCCGGAAUUGCCGUAUACAGACAAAAUGAGUUUCUUUGAGCGGGUCCACAAUUUUGUUACUUAUACUUUUUGUUAUGUCUUUAUGAAUGUACAUUUACUAACGACCAUGGACACUUUGUACAGUGAGAUAAAGGGAAGUCCGACUAGGUUCUGUGAGCUGAUGGGGAAGGCUGACAUCUGGUUGAUACGAACAUACUGGGACAUUGAGUAUCCUCGACCUUUCCUGCCAAACUUCAAAUUUGUUGGAGGACUUCACUGCAAACCUGCAAAGCCACUUUCAGAGGACAUGGAGGAGUUUGUGCAGAGUUCAGGAGAUGAUGGCAUCGUAGUGUUUUCACUGGGCUCCAUGGUCAAGAACCUGACUACAGAGAGAGGAAACGCCGUAGCCACGGCAUUGGGACGGAUACCACAGAAGGUGCUGUGGAGAUACAGUGGGGAGAAACCAGAAACCCUGGCUCCCAACACAAGAGUUUAUGAGUGGAUUCCACAGAAUGACUUACUAGGUCAUCUGAAGACCAAAGCCUUCAUCAGUCACGGUGGAAUCAACGGACUCUAUGAAGCCAUCUACCAUGGAGUUCCCAUGGUGGGCAUCCCUCUGUUCGCUGACCAGUUAGCCAACGUCAUGCACAUGAAGACCAAAGGAGCGGCUGUCAUGAUGGACUUCAACAAGAUGACAUCCGAUGAUCUGACGGAAGGACUCAACUCUGUGAUCAAGGAUCCAUCGUACAAAGAAAACAUGAUGAGGCUUUCCAGUCUCCACCACGACCAGCCAAUGAAGCCAUUGGAUACAGCAGUGUUCUGGAUUGAGUUUGUGAUGCGCAACAAGGGGGCCAAGCAUCUGAGAGUGGAGUCCCAUAACCUGACCUGGUAUCAGUAUCACUGUCUGGACGUGACAGCUGCCCUGCUCUCCGUAGUGGCGCUCUUCAUUAUAGUCUCAGUUAAAACAUGUACUUUCUGCUUCAGGAAAACUAAAGCAAGACAGAAGACGGAGUGAUUACCCUGGUCUGGUAAUAAAUGUCAUGUACUGAAACAAUCAUGGGCGACAUUAUCGUAGUGGGCAUUAUCGUCGUGGGCGACAUUAUCGUAGUGGGCAUUAUCGUCGUGUGUGUCAUUAUCGCAUUGGACAUUAUCGUCGUGGGCAUUAUCAUCGUGUGCAUUAUCAUCGUGGGUGACAUUAUCAUAGUGGGUGACAUUAUCAUAGUUGGCAUUAUCGUCAUGGGCGACAUUAUCAUAGUUGGCAUUAUCGUCAUGGACGGCAUUAUCGUGGUGGGCAUUAUCGCCAUGGGCGACAUUAUCGUCAUGGCCGGCAUUAUCGUAGUGGGCAUUAUCGUCGUGGGCGACAUUAUCGUAGUGGGCAUUAUCGUCAUGGGCGACAUUAUCGUCAUGGGCGACAUUAUCAUAGUGCAAAAAGGGUCUUCAUGAACUAGGGUACCAAUGAGGAUUUCCUACACUGGACAACUUGUUACAGCUGCUGAUAAGUUAUUGAUAAUAAUCAGCCAUUUUGUUUUCAUGUCAUUACAUUAAGAUAUAAAGGGGGGAUUUUAACUAUAUAAUAUAAAAUGUACUUGGAGAUUUAAAACCUAUGUUUUAACCCUAUGUUUAACCCUAUGUUUAACCCUAUGUUUAACCCUAUGUUUAACCCUAUGUUUAACCCUAUGUUUAACCCUAUGUUUAACCCUAUGUUUUAACCCUAUGUUUUAACCCUAUGUUUAACCCUAUGUUUAACCCUAUGUUUAACCCUAUGUUUAACCCUAUGUUUAACCCUAUGUUUAACCCUAUGUUUAACCCUAUGUUUUAACCCUAUGUUUAACCCUAUGUUUAACCCUAUGUUUUAACCCUAUGUUUAACCCUAUGUUUAACCCUAUGUUUUACCCUAUGUUUAACCCUAUGUUUAACCCUAUGUUUAACCCUAUGUUUAACCCUAUGUUUUACCCUAUGUUUAACCCUAUGUUUAACCCUAUGUUUAACCCUAUGUUUUAACCCUUUAUCAUGGUUGGUGUCUUGAUUGAUUUGUCCAAAAUCAUGUGACAUAAAACAUUAGUUUUCUGUCCUUGCAUUUAUAGCAGUGUACGUUGUCCUUAUAUCAUAUAAUAAGCAUUAAUCAAUUAAAUUGAACUUGGAUCUA